GAUGUGUGCAGGGAUGGUUCGGAUCUCUAGAGACCUUCGAACACUACGUGCGGACAGAUGUGCGCCGGGCCCUUCGUAGACAGCUGGCAAACGAGGCCUUCUCCUAUCGCCGCAUUGCGCAGGGGUCGGCCCCAGUGCUGUGGGUCUUUGUGGACUGGCUCGUCUUAGCCUGGGUCUCGGAA